AUGGUUGAGCGGCUCCACAGGCAACUGAAAGCCGCCAUCUGCGCCCGCCCCGACCCCACCAGCUGGGUCGACCACCUCCCUUGGGUCCUCCUUGGCCUCAGGUCCUCCCUCAAGCAGGACCUUAAGUGCAGCUCGGCUGAAUUAGUCUUCGGCUGCCCAUUACGGUUACCUGGCGAUUUCUUGGAGCACCCUUCCAGGCACCCUCCCGCAGGUGACGACUUCGCCAGACAACUCAGGGAUCACUUCCGCACCAUCCAACUGGCUCCGCCUCGGCAACUUUUGUACAGAAAGAUAUUCGUGCACCCCGACCUGAACAAGUCUUCCCACGUGUUCAUCCGUGCGGACCACGUGAAGCCCCCGCUUACUCCAGUAUACACAGGCCCGUAUCAAGUCCUCUCCCGCGACGAUAAGACGGUCACGGUCGACAUCAACGGCCAUCGUACAACGGUUUCCCAGGACCGGCUCAAACCCGCAUAUGUCGAAGCUAUCACCUAUCCGGCGCAGCUUCCCGUUCUGCCCACACGACACAAGGGCCGUCCGCCUAACCGUCCUCGACAAAACGCUGUCUUCUGGCGCUCUCCACUGGUCACGCACCAGUGUCUAGGGGGGGAGCCCUGUAGCGCAGCCAUCAAAAGAUGA